AUGUCCGAAAACGCAAAUGAUGACGAUAAAAACGACGAGUGCACAAAACCUGAAGCGCUCGAGGCAGGCGUCGCCAGUCGUGUCAGCACAAACGAGCAGCUCAGUGCCUCAAAUGACACAACAGCAGCGAAGUGCGAAGAGCCUGAAUCCAACUUCGACGUGUGGUGGAGUGAACCCGAGAACGAGGAUCCUGCCAACCCAAGGAACUGGUCAAAUUCUCGGAAAUGGACUAUAAUCGCAUCUCUGUCACUUGUCACUUUCCUUACACCUCUAGCAUCAUCGAUGUCCGCUCCUGGUGUUCCCCAGAUGUUAGCAGACUUCAAGACAGACUCAACAAUACUUGCGACCUUUGUGAUCUCCGUUUUUGUGCUGGGUUUCGCAUUUGGACCACUUGUCAUCGCGCCUCUUAGCGAGUGGACUGGUCGAGUCCCUGUUUAUCAUGCUUGCAACAUUCUCUUUUUGAUUUUCACCAUCCUAUGCGCAGUGUCCAAGAACAUGGCAAUGUUGAUCGUGUUUCGCUUCCUGGCUGGCUUUGCUGGAGUGGCACCGAUUACCUGCGGCAGCGGUACCAUUGCGGACCUUAUGCCACCUGAGAGACGAGGUGUAGCAAUGUCGCUCUGGUCCUUGGGACCGUUGUUUGGGCCGAUCAUUGGCCCUAUUGCGGGAGGUUUUCUUGUUGAAGCAAAAGACUGGAGAUGGGUCUUCUGGGUCAUCGCGAUCGUGUCGGGAGCUUCCACCAUCGUGUGUUUCUUCACUUUGAAAGAGACGUACCCUCCGAUUCUCCUUGAGCGAAAGGCCGAUCAACUGAGGAAAGAGACAGGGAACUCCUCGUAUCAAUCUCGUCUUCAUUCCGAUCUACCCAAGAAGGAGCUAUUCAUACGAAGCAUCAUCCGGCCCAUGAAGAUGCUUCUCCUAUCGCCGAUCAUUUUCCUGAUGUGUUCGUACGUGGCAAUCAUGUACGGUCUGCUUUAUAUCCUCUUCACGACCUAUACGUUCGUAUUCGAGGGCGAGUACGGGUUUUCUUCAGGAACUGCCGGCCUAGCUUUCCUGGGAAGUGGAAUUGGCAUGCUGUUGGGGCUGGGCUUUGCUGCCACUCAGAGUGACAAGAGGAUCAAGAGAAAGAUCGCCUUGGGAGAGCCCAUUCUUCCCGAAGACCGACUGCGAUACCCAAUCAUCAUUCCGGCAUGUCUCGGUCUGCCGGCUGGUCUGUUCAUCUAUGGAUGGAGCACCAAGUAUCAUGUCCACUGGAUUGUGCCUCAAAUUGGAAACGCCGUGAUUGGGUUUGGCGUGAUCGGUAUCCUAAUGUGCAUCCAAACCUACCUGGUCGACGCGUUUGCCAUACAUGCUGCGAGCGCCACAGCAGCCAACACAGUGCUACGGAGCUUUUUGGGUGCGGUUUUUCCUCUAUUCGGGCUGAAACUGUAUGACAAAAUUGGCCUAGGAUGGGGCAACAGCCUACUGGGAUUUAUCGCCUUGGCAAUAGCACCUAUUCCGUUAGGGUUUCGAAUUUUCGGCGAACGGAUAAGAACAAAUCCCAAGUGGCAGGUCAAGUUCUAG